CUUUGUUGGGUUGGGUUGGGUUGGGUUGGGUCCGUCCGAUGAAUGUGAAGAAAUCCAAGACUGACGAGACGACAGGGCCGGUGCGGUGCGACGGCGGUCGGCUUCGGCUUCUUCGUUUCCAUCGCCGGCGGCGGCGCCUCCUUCCCUUCCCUUCCCUUCUAUGCGCGGCCUCCUCCGCCGUGUCUACCUCCGCCUCCCCCCUUUCCCUCCUGCCACCUCUCUUUAUUAUUGGUCAAGAACAAGACCUGCAGCUGCAGGGCCCAACCACCCCAUCCCUAGGCGCAUGUCGACGUCCUCUACUGCCGCGGCGGUCGUUGCCGAGGGCUCCGCCGCUCGCCGCUUCUGGAUCGCCGCCGCCUCGAGGGAGGCCGCCUUCGCCGCCUACACGCCCUUCCUCGUCUCCCUCGCCGCCGGGGCCCUCCGCCUGGAUUCCUUCCGCCAAUACAUCGCCCAGGAUGCCUACUUCCUCCACGCCUUCGCCCGCGCCUAUGAGAUGGCCGAGGAGUGCGCCGAUGACGACGACGACAAGGCCACCAUCGUCGUCCUCAGGAAGGCCAUCCUCCGCGAGCUCAACCUCCACGCUUCCGUCCUUCAGGAAUGGGGAGUCGAUCCCAACAAAGAAAUCCCUCCAAUCCCAGCCACAACUAAGUACACUGAUUUCUUACUUGCAACUUCCACUGGAAAGGUUGAUGGUGGGAAAGGUUCUGAUAAAAUGGUCACACCAUUCGAGAAGACGAAAAUUGCUGCAUACACUGUUGGGGCUAUGACCCCAUGCAUGAGGCUUUAUGCGUAUCUGGGCAAAGAACUUGCAGUUUUCUUGAAACAGGAUGAAAAUCACCCAUACAAGAAAUGGAUUGAGACUUAUGCAUCCAGUGAUUUUGAGAAUAACGCACUCCAAAUAGAAGAGUUGCUUGAUAAACUAAGUGUCUCUCUAACUGGCGAGGAGCUUGAGAUUAUUGGGAAGCUCUACCAGCAAGCUAUGAGGCUGGAAGUUGAGUUCUUCUCUGCUCAGCCAGUAGACCAACCUGUUGUAGCUCCACUCUCAAGAUAUUGUGGUCCGAAAGAUAAGCUCUUGAUAUUUUGUGAUUUUGAUUUGACAUGCACUGUUGUUGAUUCAUCUGCCAUUUUGGCGGAGAUUGCAAUCUUGUCACACCAAAAGGCUAGUCAAGGUGGGGCUGAUAGUUCCCUUGAUCGUACAAAAUCAGCGGACUUGAGAAAUUCAUGGAACAUGCUCUCAAAUCAAUACAUGGAAGAGUAUGAGCAAUGCAUAGCAAGCUUGCUUCCUCCAGAAGAAGCAAGGUCACUAGACUAUGAUCAACUGUAUAAAGGUUUGGAGGUGCUAUCGCAGUUUGAGAAACUUGCAAACUCUAGGGUGGUUGAUUCUGGUGUCCUGAGGGGAAUGAAUUUAGAUGACAUCCGAAAAGCUGGAGAGAGGCUUAUUCUGCAAGAUGGAUGCAAAAUUUUUUUUCAAAAGAUUGGCAAAACAAGGGAGAACCUCAAUUUAGAUGUCCAUAUUCUUUCCUAUUGCUGGUGCGCAGAUCUUAUAAGGUCAGCUUUUUCAUCAGUUGGUUGUCUAGACGGGCUGAACAUACAUUCAAAUGAGUUUGCUUUUGAGGGAUCUGUUUCAACUGGUCAUAUUAACAGACAAAUGGAGUCUCCUCUGGACAAAGCUGAAAAGUUCAAGAGCAUCAAAAGCGACGUGGGUAGUACAGGGACAUUAUUGUCAGUCUAUAUUGGGGACUCGGUUGGAGAUUUGCUUUGCUUGUUGGAGGCAGAUAUUGGUAUUGUUGUUGGAUCAAGCACAACCUUGCGGAGAGUGGGCAAACAGUUUGGUGUUUCAUUUGUUCCUCUGUUCACUGGGUUGGUAGAGAAGCAGAGGCGAAUAGAAAAGGAAGAAUCAUCCAUCUUCAAGGCACGGUCUGGAAUUCUUUAUACGGUUUCUAGCUGGUCGGAGGUACAGGCUUUCAUCCUGGGAAAUGAUUUCAGCUGAUUGCUGGUGGCCUUGUGAAUCGUUUUCCUUGGCAAACAAGUGUACAAGACUGGUGCCAAUUGAUGGACUUGAUACGAGUAAAACUCGAUGUGGCCAUUUUAUUAAAGCCGCAUGCGUGCCGACUCUCUUCCUGUACGAAUGAAUUGAAUACCUUGUGUUGUGCGAUGGUUUUGUAUGAUCAAUGUGUCAUUGAUUACACAAUCGAUGGACCCCUUUUCAUUCGGGGGUCAUUUCAUAUAUAUAUUUUUACUUUAAUUUCCGGAGUGUUUCCUGGCAUUGCAACAUAGUGAUGCACCCGAGUGUAACUGUAGAGAUGGUGUUUGUAGCAAUAAAAAGUUGAUUGCUGGAGUGGUCAUCCAUAUUAUGCUAGAGCCUGCAUGUUCAGGGAUGAUUGAACCUUACAGGCAAACAUAACAUUAUUCUCAUAUGUAUAACGAUUUGCACGUACGCAAUAUAUAUA